UGUCACGAGGCAUUUAAAACUGUAACAUUUAAAAGUAUUGUGAAGCGUUAGAACGAGAUAUAUAAAACCAUUGUUUAUUCUAGGUCAACUCUUACCGAUAAAGGCAAACAUCAUAAUCUUCUCGGAUGUUUACAACGGAAUUGGUGAAAAGAAGACAAAAGAUAUGGAUGAACAAAAGAGACGAAUGGUUAUAACAUGCGGGCAGGAGGAGAUUAUUGUAGAAUGCAACGACUUAGAUUCAGAUGAUACUGAAUUAUCUGAUCUCAGCUCUUGUCCGUCCGACUCGGAUUACGAAGAAAUUGAGGUUAAUUUACCAUCGGUCACUCCAACAGAGUGUAGAGAUAACAAACUUCUAAAUCCUUAUGUCAGACUGGUUAGAUGUGAUCACUUAAUUACAAAAACAUUAUCCACUGUGAAUACCACCGUGGAGGAUAGGGUUCAGAUAAAACCAAACAAGUUUAGAUCAUCUCCACGGAGGAGACGCGCAAACUGCAUCUAUAAUUCAGAUGAGUUUGUAUUGUUUGAUUAUAAAUUCAUAAAUAAACCAAAGUCUCAAAGUUGGGUGAAGAAGAAAGUUUCUAAGUACGAUAAGAAAGGAAGGCCUACUGUAAACAUAGGUUGUUUUCCAAAACGGAAACGCCUGAAGAGGAGUCAGGUGGAAUUUAAUGGAGAUCAUUAUAGCUCUAGCCUACCUAGAUUUAGUUAUAAUGAUAUGUCAAACGGAAUUUUAAAUCAUGGUCUUGCUUUGUCCGAAAAUAUCAAACUUGAAUUUGUAAAUGAUGAAGCCUUUCAAAAUAAUACUUACAAUUUCACUAAAAGUGCGCUUGGUUUGUCCACAAUAGAGUCAAACGAGACCACAGCAAAACCAUGGGUAAGUGCCGUUAUAAAGUCGGAACCGAUUGAUGAAUAUUUUAAAGAAACAAUCGAAAAUGAUUUUGAUUUCUUAAGUUCGACUACCUCAAUAAAAAACUGUUCAUUUGAUCAGGUGAAAAGUGAAGAAAUUAUUGAUACGUUUAUUCGUAUUGUACCAAGGCAUAACGAAACAUUACCUGAAAAUAAUGUUGGUAUUGCAAUAAAGCCAGUGGUUAAAACAGAAAUUAUUGAAAUGGAUGUAGAAAAUGAUGUGAGCAUAAUAAAAACAGAGAGGAAUAUUGAGUCUAGUGAUAGCGAGGUUGAUGUUGAAAAUGAUUGGGAUGGUCCUGUGUUCAUAGUCGAUCCGGAGAUUAUUGCUUUUGAUCAUCCAUACUCAAGUCCAUGCAGUGCAGUCCGCACAAGUACACGAAGUCCAUGUAGUACAGUCCGCACAAGUACACGAAGUCCAUGCAGUACAGUCCGCACAAGUACACGAAGUCCAUGCAGUACAGUCCGCACAAGUACACGAAGUCCAUGCAGUACAGUCCGCACAAGUACACGAAGUCCAUGCAGUACAGUCCGCACAAGUACACGAAGUCUAUGCAAUGCAGUCCGCACAAGUACACAAAACAAGGAAAAACGUGCUUCGAUAUCUGCUUUUCAAGGAAUAAUAACGGAACGGGCUGUUAGUUCUUUACAGACUAUAUCGUCUUCCAGGGCCUCAACAGAUAAACCUUCAACGCGAAUGUUGAUUAAAAAUCUAGGUGAAAAAGCUGCUACAACUAUUGCCUCCGAUACUGUACUAUCUACCGAGGAGAGAUUGCGCCAUCAUAAUAUUUUAGAGCGAGCGAGAAGAAAAUAUAUGGCUGAGUCUUUCAGGCAGUUAAGGGACGUAAUUCCAGAACUUGAAUCAAAUGAAAGAGCAGCGAAAAAAGACAUCUUAAACAAAGCUGUCAGAUAUAUUAGAAACCUGGAACAUGGAGAAACUAUACUUCGAAGCAAAUUGGUUGUACUUAAUGAGAGAAAGGUGAGACUCACAAAAAUCCGGGAUCGUACAGCAGCAUAUAAUUGAUAUGAACAUAGAGAUACAUUUAUAAACUAUGCUCAACAACACGUCUUGAUGGCCAUUGCUCCAGAAAAUGCUCAGUGGAGCAUAUUAGUCGUCGUUGCGGCCGACUGUGUCAUUGUACUACUAGAAAGAGAUGCGCCUAUAUUACGGAAUUUACGAUGAAGAUUUUUAUUUAUAUUAUACCAGACUAAUACAUAUUUUCACUUAGUUCUAGUCAUUUCAUUUAUACUGAUGGCUGAGCGCAAACAUC